AUGGCCGCUGUGAAGAUGAUAAUAAUUGCAGCAAUCCUAACGGUUGUAACAUGCGAACCUCCGGCGUCCUACAAUUACCAACCGCCUGGGAACACCAACGCUCUCAACAAUGGUUACCUACCCCCUAAUACUGGUUACGGCACCCCAACUGAUUAUAAUCCUCCGUCUUUCUCUUCGGGACCUGGACAUCAUCACAGCCACGGACACGAUGAGAAUCAAGUGCCCAAGUCCUAUGAGUUCGGUUAUUCAGUGAAAGACGCUCUGAGUGGAAACGAUUACGGUAGACGAGAAAGUUCGGACGGAAACGUGGUCAGAGGGGAGUACAGAGUCCAGCUGCCUGAUGGAAGAACGCAAAUCGUAACAUACCAUGCCGAUUGGCAGACCGGCUUCCACGCUGACGUUCGGUAUGUAGGAGAAGCGAGGUAUCCGGAGACCCUCCCGAAUUACAACCGAGGAGGGAAUACAGGUUACAAUUACGAAGCUCCCACAGACUUCACCGGUUCUUUGACCGGCUUCCACGGAACUGGUCGCGCUCCCUCCCCAGUCUACGGUUACCAUUGAAACCAAA